CUCAAAAGAGAAUUCAGAAAGAAAACACACCAGACUGCUGAACGAUGGCCAAUGGCCAUAAAAGAGCAAAAAAUACAUAAAAUCACCAAGAAAAUUAUUAAAAAGAGAAAAGAAGCACAUUGAAAAGAAAAAAAAAACAUUUUUAUUGCACUUCAAAAAUGCUGAUAAGAAGUUUUGAGGCUGCAUUUAAUCAUUCAGUCAUUGUGAAGCACAAAUUACUUGCUUAUAGCCAUGACCACAGAUGCUGAUUUUCUUGCCUCCUAUGAGCGCAUAAAGGAAGCAAAUAAGCUGGCGUUACGUCACAUUGAGCAGGCCAUAGAACUGGAAGAGAAUGACAAACCCCUUUAUGCUAUUGCUGCCUAUGAAGAAGGUCUUAAAUUUAUCGACGAAAUUUUUGCAAUACCCGUCAGUCUACCGGACAAUACGAAUAAUGUGGAAAAGGAAUGGAAUGAUGCCUGUAAAAUAAUACAAAAAUUGAAAGGAGCCAAAACCGAAGUAACCUAUAGACUGAAAAUACUAAGACAGCAGCAUGCACCCAUUGAUACUGAGGAAGCUGCAGAAGCAAGUGGUUUUAUUGGAGAUUUGUCGGAACCCAUGGCUAAGAAAAAAUCCAACUUGAUGGAGACUCCUCAAACCUAUUUGGACAUAACCAACAAUGGUGGGGGUCCGGCCAAAACCUAUAAACAAAUAACAAAGGCUUUAAGAGACAUCAUGGCCGAUUCUACAAGUCCAGUAAUAUAUGAUACAUUGUUCCAAGCCAAAGUGAAAUUGUAUAAAAUUUUACCAAAUGGCGAAGUAAAAACUAUGGCGGGUGAAUCCUCAAUGUCUUUGGUCAUGUGCACCAUAGGAGGAAAAUGGAGUUUCCUAAAUGGUUUAUAUUUUAUACAGUGCUCCAUCACGGAUUCAAAUUCUUAUGAAGCUGUAGCAACGUCAUCUUCAAGCUCAUCACAAGUAAAUGAUUUAAUUUGGAUCUAUCCUUUGGUCUCCACCGUAACCACCUGCUAUCGUACCGAAUAUGGCGCGUUUAUUUUACCCGAUUUAGAAUCAGAUGAACCUGGCUCUGCAUUUGGUUUAAUACUUGCACGCAACUCUGAGCAGUCCGAAGAAGCUUUUGCUGAUUUGCAACAAUUCUUUUUGGAUUUGCUUGAGGCCGUGUUGGCUGGUACCAUUGAAGAGAUACCCGAAGCGGCAACUGUAAGACCACCUCGUGAUGCCAGCCAACAAGUUUCCAGGCAUAUUGUUACGACUGCAGAUUUUAUAGCACGUGGCCUUAUAAAGGGCGCCGAAAAGACUGGAGAUCUUAUGAGAAAAUCUACUCCCUAUAUUAUAUCGAAGUUGCAACCAGCACCAGAGGAUGCCCCUCCUGUUUCUUCGAAGGUGCAAACAACCGUUGUGGUGGCCAAAAAUGUCACCAGUGCUGCGGUGGGAGUUACCGGUUGGGUGGCAGGCAAAGUGGGCUCAGCAUCCAUGGCAAUAGGUAAAUUUCUAGCUCCCCACAUACAACAUCAUGGAGCAAAUCUUUUGCAAAAGACUUGUGGUCUGGAUGACCAAGAGGCCAAUUCAAAAAUGUCCAAUGCCUUGACACUGGCUGCGGGGGCAGUUGAAGGUUUCACUACCAUAGUGGAUGGUUUGGAAAAGUCGGCUGCUAUAUUGGGUAAUAAUCUGAGUGAAAAUUCAGUGAAGAUCAUAGAUCACAAAUAUGGCACUUCUGCGGGCAAUGUGGCUGCCGAAACUUUUGACACUCUGGGCAACGCCUUUGUGGUUAGCCGUAAUGUUAACUACAUGUUGCCCAAAGGAAUUGCCAAGAAAUUGGUGAAGAAUUCUGGUAAAGCUGUUGUUGAGGAAUACCAGCAAAAUUACAAAUACGAAUCUCAAUAUAUAGUUGCCGGCGCCUUGUAUCCCGACUUGAGAGUAUUGAAGGAAACUUCUAAAAUGUCUUCGUUACAAUCUUUAGAAAAGUAAUUUUAUGUAUUUAUAUUAAGUAUGAUAUUUUCCCUUUACACCAAAAACAAACAAAAAACCAAAAGACCGUUCGAAUGUGUUUAAAAAUUGAUAUUAAUUAGUAUGUGAUUAUCAUUGUAUCCACGAUAGAUGAUGUUUUGUUUUUUUGUCAGUUUAAGUUUUGUUGUAAUCUAGGCUAGUUCAUAUUUUGUUAAUUAAUUAAUUUUUGUUUCUUCGCUAUGUCUAGCAGAGCAAAUUUGGACAAAAAAUUAAGUGAUUUAUUCCAUUUUUUUUUAAUAAAUAUAUAUUUAUCCUUUAUUAUUAUGUA